GUUUUUCCCCACAGAGGCGUCAUGGCAACACCCGCCGCCGUUAAUCCGUCCGAGAUGGGCACAGAUCUGCCUGGGCCAGUAACCAUGGCAGGUGCUGUUGUGGGUGCAGGGCAAGUGAGAAUGGGGGGCAACAUGCCAGGACGAGGGGGCAAGAGGAGAUCAACAGGGAUGGAUUUUGAUGAUGAAGAUGGAGAAGGGCCGAGCAAAUUUUCAAGGUAUGAUGAUGAUCAAAUGCCUGCUGAUAAAGAACGUUAUGCUAGUUGUGCUGCAGGAAACCAACCCUACCUCUUUACACUGACCUCAGCAGCCCAUGGCAUAAGCCCACCGGACCUUUGGUCCAGAGAGAACCACAGCGAGAUUGAGCGACGUCGGCGUAAUAAAAUGACGCAGUACAUCACUGAGCUGUCGGACAUGGUGCCCACUUGCAGUGCGCUGGCGAGGAAACCCGACAAGCUCACCAUCCUGCGUAUGGCUGUGUCACACAUGAAGUCCAUGAGAGGAACCGGCAACACGUCCACUGACGGAGCCUACAAACCCUCCUUCCUCACCGAGCAGGAGCUGAAGCAUUUGAUCCUGGAGGCAGCUGAUGGCUUCCUGUUUGUGGUGGCAGCUGAGACAGGACGUGUGAUCUACGUGUCGGACUCGGUGACCCCUGUCCUGAACCAGCCUCAGUCCGAGUGGUUCGGCAGCACUCUGUACGAGCAGGUCCACCCUGACGACGUGGACAAACUACGCGAGCAGCUCAGCACCUCUGAGAACUCUAUGACCGGCCGGAUCCUGGACCUGAAGACAGGGACCGUGAAGAAGGAGGGACAGCAGUCCUCAAUGAGGAUGUGUAUGGGCUCCAGACGUUCCUUUAUCUGCAGAAUGAGGUGUGGCAGCGCUCCUCUGGAUCACAUCUCUCUCAACCGUCUGUCGAGCAUGAGGAAGAGAUACAGGAAUGGACUCGGGCCAUCAAAGGAAGGCGAGGCUCAGUAUUCAGUGGUGCACUGCACUGGCUAUAUCAAGGCUUGGCCCCCUGCAGGAAUGACAAUCCCUGAAGAUGAUUCAGAAGCGGGACAGCCCAGUAAAUACUGCCUGGUGGCAAUUGGAAGGCUUCAGGUGACCAGUUCUCCAGUCUCCAUGGACAUGAACGGGCUCUCUGUCCCCACAGAGUUUCUGUCUCGUCACAACUCGGACGGCAUCAUCACCUUUGUGGAUCCACGCUGCAUUAACGUGAUUGGCUACCAGCCACAGGAUUUGCUUGGUAAAGAUAUUCUGGAGUUUUGUCAUCCUGAGGAUCAGAGCCACCUAAGGGAGAGCUUCCAACAGGUCGUGAAGCUGAAAGGUCAGGUCCUAUCGGUCAUGUACCGUUUCCGGAUGAAGAAUCGCGAGUGGAUGCUGAUCAGAACUAGCAGCUUCACCUUCCAGAAUCCGUACUCGGACGAGAUUGAGUACAUCAUCUGCACCAACACAAACGUUAAGCAACUCCAGCAACAGCAGCAGGCAGAACUGGAGGUUCAUCAGAGAGACGGCCUGACAGCAUACGAUCUCUCACAGGUGCCAGUGAGCAGCGUGCCGGGCAGCGUUCACGAAGCAGGAAAGAGCAUUGAUAAAACGGAGACACUCUUCUCUCAGGAGAGAGAUCCACGUUUCAGUGACAUGUACACAGGCAUCUCUGGCUCGGAUAAGAAGAUGAUGGUGCCCUCAUCCACCGCAGGAGGACAACAGCUAUAUUCCCAGGGCAGUCCUUUCCAGCCAGGACACUCGACCAAGAACUUCAGCUCCUCAGUGAUCCACGUUCCUGGAGUAAAUGACAUCCAAUCAUCUGCUGGUUCAGCGGGUCAGAACUUGGCUCAAAUUUCCCGUCAGAUUAACUCCAGUCAGGUGCAGUGGUCAGGCAGCAGGCCACCAUUCUCUGGCCAGCAGCAGCUCCCGGCUCAGUCCAGUAAAGCUCAGUCUUCUCCAUUCGCCAUCGGCUCAAGCCACAGCUACCAGGCCGACCCGUCCUCUUACAGCCCGCUUUCCAGUCCAGCCACUUCCUCUCCCAGUGGCAAUGCCUACUCCAGUCUGACCAAUCGCAGCACUGCAUUUGAUGUUGCAGGCGAAGGCAGUCAGAGCGGUGCUCAGUUCCAGGGUCGGCCGUCGGAGGUUUGGUCUCAGUGGCAGAGUCAACAUCACAGCCAGCAGAGCGGAGAGCAACACACACACACUCAGCCCAGCCAAUCUGAGGUGUUCCAGGACAUGUUGCCUAUGACUGGAGACCCCACACAAGGAACAGCCAACUACAACAUUGAAGAUUUCGCCGAUUUGGGCAUGUUCCCUCCGUUUUCCGAGUAACGGCAGAUUCAGUUGCUUUCUGGGUCAUUUUAAUUUUCUCUAGUUUUCAUGAUCAUCAUUCCCAUCCCCGUCAUCAAGAUCAGUCAGUAAACCUCGCACCAACACUUGUACACUGAUGAGGGAAGAACCUUAAUACUGAGUUUCACUGCCACGCUGCAUAUUGCGCAUCUCUGAUCCUGGGCUCGAACACAAGCGAACAACUUCCUGUCAAAGUACAUAAAGAAAAUGUCAUGUUUCUUUUUCAGUAAAUCUGUGAGCAGUCUAUGUUGUGACUGAAUAUCUGGUCCACACUAGACAUGUGCCGAUAUGUUCCUAACAUAACCGUAAUGAUGUUUCAUAAAUAAAUUUACGGAUCACAAAUCUAUAAUCGUACUCACAAAUCUCAGUGUGGUGAUAAUUUCCAGAUUACAGCUACACAGUUUUACAGUGUUCACAUUGCAUUUACAAGUCUCAGUUACUUACUUACAUUUUCGAAGCCGUGGUUACGCCGCCAAAGCAAAUCCGAGAGUCAGGACAAAAUGAUGGCUGGAGAUAGCUGAAGGGGCGGAGCUUAGUGGAUGCUGUAAAUAGCUGAGGGGACAGGGCUGAAACUAAACAUUCUGUCAACUAAAGCUUGUGUUGAGUAAAAUCUGAUUCUUGCCUUCACGCACAAUUACUUUUGAUAGUAAAUUACUAUAUAGACACAAUAAAUAAUUAUUGUUUUUCAGGUUAUCUUGUAUUUUUUGGGAAAGGAAACGACAUUUACAUGCAUUUGUUUCGUUGGAUGGAAAAGGGAACCUUAAACUCAUGACUUUGUGCUUUUGACACAGGAAGUUAAAUAGAGACUCCACUUCUCACUCAAGUGGCUAAAGUUUUGAGAAGACUGUUGCUAGGAAACGGCUAAAUACGGACGACAGCUAAUGGCUGAGGCUAACAGUUUAGGAAACCAUACAAAACUCGAAGGACAUUCGGUAGAGUGCAUACCUCCACCAAGCCGUGUAUUCGGACUUGCAUCAAAAUCGAAUCAGUUGUUCCUUGGUUCCUGGCCCACCUUUCCUCAAAAUUUCAUCAAAAUCCAUCGACUAGUUUUUGAGUUAUGUUGGGAACAAGCAAACACAGAGGCGAAAACAUAACCUUCUCCAACAAAGUUGGCAGAGGUAACCGUUCGCAUUUUUAUUAGAUGUGUUGGUUAAUUACUGAGAAAAGACGCCAAAAGACAUCAGUCCUGUGUCCAAAAUCGCUCACUCGUUCACUACUCCCUUCUUACUAUAUAGGGAAUUACUAUAUAGAGGACUAUAUAGCGAGCUCAUUGAUAAAAUGAAAAAACAUGUAGUGGAAAUUCAUUAUGUCUGACUAUUUAAGUAUUUUUAAGUUCGUUUCUUAGACAAG